AUGGCGCGUUUGCUUCUCAUUGCUCUGGCCUUCGUGGCUGUAGUCAAUGCAGCAGCUAUUACCGCCAACUAUCCUAUCAAUGCACAGCUACCACCCGUUGCACGAGUCUCCCAACCCUUCAGAUUUGUGUUUGCCGAUAGCACCUUCUCCAACACCGACUCGAAUACAACUUACUCGCUCCAGAACGCACCGUCAUGGCUCCAAGUCGACAGCAGCAGCCGGACCCUUUCCGGAACUCCAGACUCGAAGCACAGCGGUUCUAAGACAUUCCAAUUGGUCGCUUCAAAUGGCACCGACCACGACAGCAUGGACGUAACCCUCAUUGUCACAUCAGACCAAGGACCGACCGAGGGUAUAUCUCUAGUAUCGCAACUGCAGACCCUGGGCCCUGUUUCGUAUCCUGCCACACUAUACAUACACCCUGGACGCCCGUUUUCGAUUGCAUUCGACCCGGAGACCUUCCACAAUACCCACCCAUCCACAAUAUAUUAUGGAACAUCGCCCAAUAACGCUCCACUCCCGUCAUGGAUUAGCUUCGAUCCAUCCACACUCCAGUUUGUUGGAAACACCCCGGCAUUUCCCGGAUCUGGUCCUCAAGAGUUUACCUUCCAGCUUGUUGCCUCCGAUGUGGCCGGAUACAGUGCCGUGAAUCAGACCUUCCAGCUUGUGAUCGGACCACAUAUUCUAGCAUUCAAUGAGACUGUGCAGACGUUCAAUCUCACGAGAGGUGACCAGUUCAACAGCCCUAGCUUCCAAGCCCUUCUCUCCCUCGACGGCUCGCCGAUUCCGAGCAAGGAGUUGAGCAAGAUCGACGCAGAACUUCCAGAUUGGUUGAUCUUGGAAGACGACUCCAUCUCCCUGAGUGGCACGCCACCAAAAGAUGCUGUGAACCAGAACAUCACCAUCACUGUAGCGGAUAGCUAUAACGAUGAGGCGACACUUCUGGUGCGUGUGGAUUUCCUGGAACUUUUCCUGGAGACCGUUCAAGGUUGCGAAGCAACCAUCGGCGAGGACUUUACAUUUGUGUUCAACCAGUCCAUUGUGACCGACGAUUCUGUACAACUUGAUGUCGACCUUGGUGAUGACCUUUCUUCAUGGCUCACCUACUAUUCUGCCAAUAAGACGCUCUACGGGCACGUCCCCUCAGACAUGAAACCGGAGAACUUUACCAUUCCUUUAAAGGCAUUCCAAGGAUCUACUCAGAGUACGCAAAACUUUGAACUUGACGUUCUCGAGCCGCCCAAGAUCCCCUCAGGCGGUUCUGAUCCCUUCUCGGACCCCUCCAGCGCAUCACACAAAAAAGCUGGCAUUAUCGCGAUUUCCAUUGUCCUUCCAGUUGUUGCUAUUCUCAGCAGCAUCAUCCUCUUUUGCUGCUGGCGGCGAAGAAGGAGGUCGACUACUGUGGAGGACGGACAAAAGCCAUUCGAAGCCAAGGUGCCUCCGCCACGGCCUGCCCGGCCAGACCUUCCGAAUUGUCAGCCCGGUAUGACCCGGAUACCUUCAGGGGACGAGAACUCAGAUGACUGGAAGAGUCCAAUCACACCUGCUUCCGAUCUCCCCAAGCUUGAACUUGGACCUGCUUGGAAUAUGACAUCGUUCGAUAAACCAGAAGACAGUAUGGCGGUGAUUCGCGAGCCUAGCCCGCCACCUCGCUCCCCAAGGCGGAGCACUUUCGUCCCGUUGCGGGACUCGAUCAUUGAAAGGAAAACGCCAGUCAAGAAGUCGCCUCCUAAGAAGCAGACUCAACGCCAGCCAUUCACGGCCAGCCCUGGUGUACGACGCAGGACCAGCAAUCGCUCCCGCCGCGAACCCUUGAAGACCAUCCAGCCACGAGCCAUGAAACGUGAAUCCAUCCAGUCCUCUCGGUCAAAGAGGUGCUCUAGGCGUUCGAGCGGAAUCUCAACUGUCGCCUCAGGGUUGCCCGUGCGGAUGAGUGGCGCUGGACAUGGCGCCGGUGGCUUCGGUCCUCCUGGACACGGUUUUCCUGGGCCACAUUACACCCUUUUUCCCACGGCCUCCCCCGCCGCGGCUCGUGCGAGAUAUAGUAUUGCCGAGAGCAUCCCAAACUCCAAACGAGUCACAUUGAGGACAGUGGAGCCAGAUGAGUCGACCAUCUCCGAGGCCGACUCUCUGGAGGCGUUUGUUCACAGCCGGGCAAAAAACCGCAAUUCGUCAAAUCCGCUCUUCUCUGCUCAGGUCAGUCGCCGUACAUCUUCCGGACUUCGCGCCCUCGAGCGAGCGCGCAGUUUGCGCAGCCGUGCCGACACUGUCUCUGUUUCCACAUUCAGCGAUGAAUACCGCCAGUCCAUUCAAGGCCGACCCUAUUCUACUGCAAUGUCCGUGUCCGAGUAUGGAGACGAUAACCGAAUGUCCCAAUACCAGACUCUUCAACCCCCACCGAGUCUGUUCCCUCUCGCCGAAGGCGGCGGGAAAAGCCAGAGUCAGCUGAGUUUGGCACAAGACUACCGCGGCGUAAUCUCUCCGCUCCCCCGUUUCUGGAGUGAGAAUAGUCUCAGCAGUGCUCGGCGCCUAGAAUCAGGAUCUCACCCCAAGCCACCACGGCAAUUACGAGCGGAUCCUGACUCUGGUAUGCCUCAGAGCUCUUCGAUUGUUUCUGAUCUCGAGGAGCAUCUGUCCAGGAAGGCGAGUCCGCACAAGGCGGCUGCCGCCACCACUGAGAACCAAUCGUGGAAUAUGGGUCUGCAGCCCCCACCUCCCAUCAAGAGUGGGAGCUCUCGUGGGCUCCCGGUUGCUAGCAGUGGCGAAAUUGCCUUCGUUUAA